CGGGGUGCGCAAGACUGGGCGGGGCCGGGAGCUCAGCAGCAAUGAACACUGGAUGGUCCUCUGCGCUGGGUUGCUACUUCACGUUGAACAACUCAAGAAUUCCUGGGAUCACCUUCACACUCUAUAUAGGGGUUUGUUCACACUGGCAGUGGGAGGGUCUGCCUACGUGGUGAGGAGUCAGGUGACCCAGAAGAGAAGGAAACAGGAAGAGGAAGGGGUUCGUUCCGCGGAGAAGCUGUCAUGGGAGGAGAGACUGGCUGUGGAGGAGCAAAGAUUGUCCCCGUCCCAGUCAACUGAACACAACACUCAGUCAUCUAGUAGAGGCCCACAUCAAUAGCAGUCAUCACUCUGUCUCAUUAUUGUAACCACCUGUCACCCUAGCCAACUAACAUUUUGUAUACUGUAGCUGUGUGUAUACUGGGCAGGUCAAUAAUCAGAGUUUUGAAAGUGUCUUAACCCUAGUAUGGAGUGUGCAUUAUGUGUGUUUUUGCGCCAAUUAAUGAUUGUAUUAGCAGCU